UUCAAAUCUCACGCGUGAUCUUUCUUUGCCCUUCCCAACUUUAGCUCUCCCAAACACCACUCCAUUCCGACACUCCAGCGCGCGAAAAUGGAAGCCUUCGCCGAAGAUGUCAAAAGGCUCGCGUCCCUCCCACCAAUCAUAUCCAUGGUCUCCAUCGAAACGAAACUCGUCACAGUCCUCUCCCUAAAGCUCCAAGAAGAAUCCGCGAAGCACCGUAUCGCCGUACUUCUCUACCGACGCAACGAUCCGCGCCUCCUCAAACGUGCCAGCACGCUCCUGGCAGCGCAAAAGUUCCGCCCAUACAUCGAGCAGCACAACAAGGACUUGGCGCCGGACACGCAAGCCUUGGUCAGCCUUGCAGCAGACAGGUUGAAGACCGUGCAAGGGCAGGCAAGAGAGUGGGUAGGGAAGUGGAAUGGGCUGAGCGUGGCGCCAUAUUCUAACGAGAUGAGGGAGGAUGUGAAGUGGGCCCUGGAGAUUUGGGAUAAGGCGGUAAGGAAUCUCAAGACAAUGUUGUUUUUGCUGGCGGAUGCGGACGCGGAGCUUUGGGGGAUGGUGGUGGAGGGGUUGAGGAGGGAGUGGCCCGCUAGUAUGGGGAGAGUGGUGGAAUCAUACAGAGAUAAUGCUAUCGGUACAAUCCUCCUUCACUUUUAUGACUUACGUCGCGCAUUGACACAUACUAAGUCGACCUUUGCCUCCUUCCGCCUUCUUCCUUUCCCUCCAACAGCUCCCCAGCUCGCUCGGCAGUCGACUCUAACCGCACCGCUCCCUACCCCACCUUAUUCUUCUCCCUCGGUGCACCCAUGCGCCCCUACUCUCAAUUCACGAACACUCCGCCAUCUAAGUAACCAGCUGUUGAAGCCCUCCAAGCAACCUUCAAGUUUCGGAAGGACCGGCAAUGGAGCCCUUCGAUGGCAACCUGCAAUGCCUCGUGAAUAUCCGACCGCUUAUCUCGCGAAAACCUUUCCGACCAUUGUUCGCGCUCUCUAUAAGCGUAAUGCGGAGGUGAAAGAGAUCCGCGAUGCCACCGUUUUGGAGCAGGGUGAGGACUGCGAGGACGUUAAGUUGCAGACUGAACUCCUGCACCUGUUCGAAGCCUCGCAGCAGAUGCUGAACGAUAGCGCCCAAGAAGCGCAACUCGUUUUUCCAGUGGUGGGCGACUUCCUCAACAAAACCGUCCAGUUUCAUGAGCUCCAUUGGAGCAAACUGCAGGCUCAGCGCGCCGAUCUACUCGAGGCUCUCAGGGAUGUCUGUGACCAAGCCAGCCAAGGCAACUCCGAAGCCAUCGUCGCCGAAGCCGCGCUAGUCACACAAAUCAGGAAGAUCAACGAGUACGGAACGAAGCUAGACGAUGCCCGUGAUAGAUGGCUGCCGGACUUAUCUACUGCCGCCGAUAUCGCGGCGGAUGACGUGGAGAAACUUUGGGAAGAGAUCCAGAAUGACCCUUUGACGUUAUCGAGGAAGACGGCAUCCUUUGUCUCGCAUGUCAAGGCCGUGUCCUCCAAGAUGUAUCGUUGCGCGCACGAGUUGCUCGAUGUCAUGUCCGAGGUAGAUGCUGGGGAGGAUUAUGCUGCUGCGAUAUUGCGCAUCGUGCGUACCAGAUAUCCGGAGGCCCUUCAAAUCAUCAAGCAUGUGCGAGAUAGCACCAGAGAGAAGUACAAUGGCGCAUCUGGUGGAGGGAAGUAAGAUGAAUACGGGGAUAGGUGCGUAGGUACGAUUCCCCUUAUUUUCAGC